AGUUACGCGCUCCUGUACGUUACCGCGAUUGUUCUAACAUGGCCGCAUGUUAGUUGCUGAUUUUCUUUAUUGUUUGCCAACGUAUUAAAAAAGAUUUAGUAGUGGUGUUUGGUUAGCGAAUUGAACUAAAUAUAAAGUUUAGGCAUCCCGUGAACGAUCAUAUGUUGUAAUUCAACGCUAAGCAAGGAGAAAUUUGCCCUGAUACGUCAUUACCGGUCUCUGAAUCAACUCCUCCCUUCAAACCAACAAAUAAAUCGGAUCUAUUUUGAAUAUAAUGCUUCAGGAACAUCAUCACAUGUCACAAAACGGAAUGCAGAGGAAUACCAGGUUUGAUCCAUUUUUCUCACCCAGAAUGGGAAUGCAACAAAUGGGACCACCACCGAACCAUAGGAGCCAGCCAAUGCUCAUGAGCAUCCAGCCACCGGUGACUGCCGCCCAUGCAGGAGUUCUGGUUUCUAUGCCUCCAGGUCCUCCGCUCAUCUCCACCCCGUCUAUACCCCAGCAACCGCAACCCAAAAACAAUGUUCAGCAAGUAUAUCACUAUGAAAAUACAGCAUCGUCAGAAACCGAACAGGCUCAACAUAACGACACUCAACAGCACCAAACAGGUCCGAACACUAGUACUUCGUCUGCACCGCCCAGUACUACUUUGGCAAACAUAAAAGAAAAAACACCAAUGUGCUUGGUCAAUGAAUUGGCAAGGUACAAUAAAAUACAACACCAGUAUCAGCUGACAGAGGAAAGUGGACCAGCACAUAAAAAAGUAUUUACAGUCACGUUAAAAUUGGGCAACGAAGAGUAUAAAUCAGAGGGUCCGAGUAUUAAAAAAGCCCAACAUUCUGCAGCUGCACAAUCACUUGCUAAAACUGAAUUUAAACAUCCGCCUUCCAAAACAGCCAGAAAUCGGCCCGGAACCAGAGCUACAAACCCCGGGGUGAUGACUCCGACAGUCGAACUGAAUGCUCUAGCCAUGAAACGUGGCGAACGGCCGGUUUACAUCGUCGAAAAUCCUCCGCCACAUCAGGGUUAUAUCAGUCAGGCCGGGUACUAUCCCCGCCAAAACAUUUACGGCACCCAGAACCAGCCAAGAUACGGCUACGACACGCGUCGAAACAUGCGCCCCCAUUAUCCCUACCACGAAAAUCGCUACUACGGCCAGUACAGGCCCACAGGCCCCCACAAUCCCGGUGAUCCCUACACCGUGCGGUUAAGAGUCGGGGAUCGGGAGUAUCCCGGUGUUGGGUACACUGUCCAAGCAGCUCGUCACGACGCAGCUGCCAAAGCCAUCGAAGAUAUAAAACAACUGGGAGACUGCACUGAUCAAUCAGGGACCGUGGAAGCCCCUGUUGAAAACACAGGAUCGAACGAUAUCAAUACCGAACUGAAGUCGCCAAUUUCGCUCGUUCACGAAAUUGCUCUCAAACGAAAUCUUAGUGUCACGUUUGAAGUGCUCAGCGAGAAAGGGCCGCCGCAUAUGAAGGUAUUUGUAACGCAGUGUCGGGUUGGCAACUUUGUUGCAGAAGGCGAAGGCAACGGAAAGAAAAUUUCGAAGAAACGUGCAGCUGAAAAAAUGUUGGAAGAGCUGGCCAAAUUGCCGCCGUUGCCCAACAUGCACAACAUGGUACAUCUCAAGAGGAAGAGAGUCACUAAUAAGAAGAAAACCAGGAACUUAAUCAAGGUCAAUAUGGACAAGUCCAGCGAAUUCACCGAAGAAAUCAACCCCAUUUCGCGCUUAAUCCAAAUACAGCAAGCCAACAAGGAGCGAGAGCCGGUCUACACGGUGUUGGAAGAGCGUGGCGCCCCCCGGCGCCGCGAGUUCGUGAUAGAGGCCUCUGUGAACGGGCACUCUUGCACCGGAGUGGGCCCUAAUAAAAAAAUUGCAAAGCGUAAUGCAGCCGAGGCUCUGUUGAAUCAGUUGGGUUACGGCAACCCACCUUCGAAUCCGAAACCAGUGUUGAAAACCGAGAAAGAAUCAGAAAUCGGGGACAAAACCCGGAAAGUAACGUUCGUCGAAGAGAAAACUGAAUCAACUCCGUCUGUUGGUGGAAGCGGUGGUAGACAACUAGUCCCUGGAAUAUUGCUGGUCGGAGACCAGUCUACCAACUUCCAACAAAAUAAGCCAAAGGAAAGUGUAAUGAAUAAUAACUCGAAUUCUUGCGUGGAUACUAAGAAGACAGGACAGACUCAAAUGAAAACUCCUCCUCAGCCGAUUCAAGGUGUUCGUUCAAAGGAUCAGUUGAUGUACUUGGCUCAACUGAUGAACAUCCAAGUUCAGUUCUCUGAUUUUCCUAAAGCCAAUCACGAGAUGUAUUUAACGUUGGUGUCUCUAAGCACCAAUCCGCCGCAGGUUUGUCAUGGAGAAGGCCCCACAACUGAGGCCUCUCAUGAGAAGGCUGCUUUAGAAGCACUCAAAGUUUUGUCAGAGCUGGGUUUGGACAUUGUUGGCCCCAACAAGGAAGGUGGUAACGAAAUUACCACUUCUCAAGGGUCUUCCAAGGUUGGGAUCCAAAACGGAGUUAAGAAGUAAACUUUACUGUGAACUCUAGCAUCGCCUGCAUCAAUGAAAAGUUAAGACUAGACUGUUAAAUUAUCAAAUUACACAAAUCUCAUAUUUAAUAUUUGAUUUUCAUUGAUACAGACAUGUAGUAUGGGAGUUCCAUGUGGCCAUGUCAAGUAUGCAUAUUAAUAACUAAGAAUUAUUGUUUCGUUUUAUGUGAUUUCAUUAACAUAUGAUGUUAUAUGAAAUGAUUUCAUGUAUCUGUGUAAUUCUGGUUAUUGCUUGCACUGUUUGUAAACCAUUGCUAUCCAAUUUCGUUUUCAAGGGCAAAAAACGAUUUUGGGGACACAGUAGUUCAGAAUUGAUUUAAAUAAAUUUUUAUUUAAUUGUUAGUAUUUAUUUUACCUUAUUAUGACUCAUGCUGUUGCUAUUCUUCGGAAACGAUGCAAUUCUGAUCUGCUGGUUGUUUCAUUUGUUGUAGAUUGAUUUCAGUAUUCCAGGAGACUUAUGGAACAUCACGUUGUAUUUUAUUUUGUACUAAUGUUCCAUUGACUAUAUUUUUAAUUUUUUAACAUUAGUUCGUCUGUUGUAAAUUUUAGUUCUCAUUGUUCAUAAUGUUAAAACGAAGUAUAUUCAUUGUAGACCAUUUGAAUCUGUAUUUUGACUCCAUUGAAUUUGAAAUCAAUAAACAUUAUUAAGCAAA